GUCCUGAGUCUAGGUUAUUUGAUAAUGUAUUCUGUUUUUCAUAGAUUUGUAAAUAUUGAUUAUAAAGUGCAUUUAUUGUUUUCUUUAUUUGUAAGGUUGCUAUUGAUAGCCUAUGGUAUAUAUCAUGAUCAGAUAUCCGAAGUCAAGUAUACCGACAUCGAUUAUAAAGUUUUUACAGACGCCUCCCGUCACAUUUUAAAGGGAGAGUCGCCCUAUGAGCGACACACUUACCGUUACAGUCCACUUGUUGCUUUGGCCCUUGUACCAAACAUUACUAUUCAUCACAGUUUUGGUAAAAUAUUAUUCUCUCUGGUAGAUAUUGUAGUAGCAGUUUUAAUACGUUUAAUUGUAAGAAAUGCGCUGGAUGAAUAUGAAAUGUAUAAACACAAAAAUCAAAAUGAUCAGAAGCGGAGGUAUUCAGAAUCAAAGAAACCGUUUCCUGUUAAACAUCGAAAGAGACCCAGACAGUCUUAUAAAAAAGUUUCGUCACAUAUUGAGAAAUAUGAAUUUGAUAGUAAGAGUUAUUUAGAUAGAAUGGUGAAUAUAUCAAUGUUGGUUUGGUUGUAUAACCCCCUAACAAUUGCGAUUGGUACUAGAGGUAAUUGUGAUUCCUUAGCUGGUUUUUUGGUAUUGUUAACUUUAUAUACACUCCAGUGUAAGGGUUGGUAUUUUAUCGCGGGUGUAAUCCACGGCUUAUCAGUCCAUUUUAGAAUAUAUCCCUUAAUAUAUAGCUUGACUUAUUUUAUGUUUUUAAGCAAAUUCUCAUUUUACUCUACUGAAGACAGAAAAAAGAGUUUUGUCAAGGCAAUCGCGCCGUCUGCUAAUUUAAAACCUUUAGACAAUGUAGAAAACAUUAUCGCAGAAAGCUCGUCUCUAGGAGGUCAUAAAAUAGUACCAUACGAUGCCAAAGAAAGAAAAACUGUGUUCAAGAAAGAGUACUUACUCUAUCUGAUACCAAAUUUUGAUCAACUUAAACUGAUAACAGGUUGUAUAUUAUCACUUUCUUGCUUAACUUGGACCUUUUAUGAAUUAUACGGUCACAAAUUUUUAUACGAGGCAUAUAUUUACCACUUGGUAAGAAAAGACACGAGACAUAACUUUUCUCUAUAUUUCUACCUUCAGUAUCUCACGGCUUGGGUAAAGAAUAUCGGCAUUUGGCAGAAAGUGCUAAUGGUUUUGCCUCAGUUGGUGUUAAUCCUAGUUUUCUCCGUUCGAUACGGCUUAAAUAAAUUCUCAUUGAAUUUUUCAAUUCUUACGCAGACAAUCGUAAUGGUCAUCUACAAUGGCGUUUUAACGUCCCAAUAUUUUGUGUGGGUCAUGGCCGUUAUACCUCUGUGCUUGUGGCAAGUGAACAUGCCGAAAAAAACGGUAGCCCUCUUACUGACUAUAUGGUUCGCAGCUCAAGGCGCCUGGCUUUUGCCAGCGUAUUUGUUGGAAUUCCAUGGCCAAAACACCUUUUUGUUUAUUUGGAUCCAAAGUGUGUCCUUCUUUUGUGCUAACAUAGCGGUUUUAGGCCGUCUGAUCAUGUAUUUUAUGCCAGUUAAGAGAAGGUUAGAAUAGUGUGGUAUAAAAGUUUGUACUUUAUAUGUAGAAUUAAAAAAUUUCAAAAA